GACACGCUGCUGCACUCCCGCGCGUACCAGGUGGCGGUGGACCAGUACGGCAGCAAGUGCAACGAGGCUCUCAGCAGCUUCAUUGAGCUGAUCUCCAGCUGCCAGGAACUCGAUGAGGCAAUGCACUCGGUGUACGAUCUCGAGAAGAUGAC